AUGGCAGCGGGGAUGGGGUGCGGGGCGGUGGGGUUCGCGGCGAGCGUGAGGGGCGUGUGGGCGAGGAUGUACACGGACGACGAGGGGGUGGGGAGGCUGGCGGCGGCGGCGCUGCCGAUUCUGGGGUUGUGUGAGCUCGGGAACUGUCCGCAGACGGUGGGGUGUGGGGUGGUGAGAGGGACGGCGCGGCCGGCGGCGGCGGCGAAUGUGAACCUAGGGGCAUUUUACUUGGUCGGGAUGCCGGUGGCGGUUGGGCUGGGGUUUGGGCUUGGAGUGGGGUUUCGGGGACUGUGGUUGGGCCUGCUGGCGGCACAGGUGUGCUGCGCCGGGAUGAUGCUUUACGUGGUGGGUACCACUAAUUGGGAGUAUCAGGCGGUGAGGGCUCAGCUGCUCACGUGCGGGGCUCGAUCUGGCGAGAGGGCAGAGACGCCUGCAACUGACGAGAAUGACAGCCAACCCUUGAUUUGCGAUACUGAGGAGUGA